AUGGCGAUGCCUUCGGAUAUGAUGCAGAUCUGCCUAGUGGAGGACACAACAGGGUAUGUCUUUAAGCAGGACCUGUUUUGGUUACCGCCCAUUGACAAGAGUUCAUAUUUCAGAAAUCCCGUGGGUCAUGACCAGGACUACCUCAGGUUUCCCACCAGACUGACUACAAACCCGGACCGGAUUUUUUCAUGCAUUGUGGGACAGACGGCUCUUACCAGGAAGUGUUCAGGUCAGCAGUGCCCUCUUGCUUGGCCCAUUGUCAACGCUUCCCUUUUAAUUCACCCACCAGGCUCCUACAUCACAGGAUUUGAGACGCCACCCUUCAUCAAUCUCUACUUCAUCUUCCUGGACUGUGUUUAUGUGGUUACGGUGCUGUUCAGUAUGUUUGCAAUCUGCAUUAUUGCCGUCAACCGCUGUUUACUCACUCCUACGUUUUUGGCUAUUGGCAACCUUGCAGUGAUUGACUUGAUAAUUAACACAAGUCUUAUUCCCAGCAUGCUAAAGACAUUUCUCGUUAGGGACAAUUUUGUGCUGUUCAACUCAUGAUUGAUAAUAAUGUUUGUCUAUCAUGCUUUUUUGCCACUAGAUUCAUACACACUUGCCUGGCUGUUUCUAUGCUUCCUGCUGCACCAGCAUACGCCCAACAUGAUGCAGAGCAUGUCCUGCAUAGUGGGAAUGACUUGGUCUUACUGUCUGACAACAUCAGCGUAUAGGACCAGGCUGUACUUCUGCAACUCUGUUGAACGGCUGAGCUAUUUCUGUGACUGUGCAUCCAUGUUCAGACUGACAUGUAAUGAUUACUCAAUGCACGUGACCUUGUCCUUUGUUUUCAAUCUGGUGAAUGUCCUUGGCCCUUUGGUUGUCGUUAUUCUGUCAUACUCUAUUAUUAUGUGGACCGAUUUCAGGAUGAAAUCAGUGGGGAGCCUUGUGAAAGUUCUGGAAACUUGCAUCAAGCAUUUAAUAUUUGUGGCUAUGUUUUACAUUUCUAUCCUCGCCAUUUCCAUGCUGGGCCUCUACUCACAAUUGGAGGACCAGGACAUGUGUGUACUGAGCUUAUUACUGUCCUCCUGCCUUCCACCCUGCUUCAGCUACAUCAUAAACCCCCUGAAAACCAAGGAGCUCAGAGCCUGGACCCUGGUCAUGUUCAGCAAAGACCAAGUGAAUGCCUCAUGGCUGCUAUUGACAACAAGUCAAUGUAAAAAUAAAGCUGGGAUUUCCAAAAAUGAUAGCGGAGGAUAG